GGGGCAACGAUGGCGCCGGCGGACUCUUCGAGGACCGGUUCCGACGAAGAGGUUACGACUAAAGCAAGCGUUAUUCAUACAGCUCAAGUUCCUGCACUCCCUGCUUCUCCUUCUAUCUGCCUUCUACGGUUCGCUGGCGACUCUGCCUCCGGUGCCUUGAUGGGCUCCGUCUUUGGCUAUGGUGCUGGAUUGUUCAAGAAGAAAGGAUUUAAAGGAUCCUUUGUAGAAGCAGGAUCUUAUGCCAAGUCAUUUGCAGUUUUUUCCGGAGUUCACAGUUUUGUUAUCUGCAUCUUGAAAAGACUCGGAGGAAAGGAUGAUGUCAUUAAUGCUGGGGUAGCUGGAUGUUGUACUGGUCUUGCUCUAAGUUUUCCAGGUGCACCGCAAGAACUUCUGCAAAGCUGCCUCACUUUUGGAGCAUUUUCUUUCAUUGUUGAAGCGCUAAACAAGCGACAACCAGCCCUUGCGCAUCCCAUCUCCAGUAAAACAAGUGUGCACUACCCUAUACGUUGUCCUUCUCCCUUGGCACUUCCCCUCCAACUUCCCCUUCCUGAUGAAAUGAAAGGAGCAUUUUCCUCUUUCUUCGAGUCUCUGAAACAGCAUAGAAGCAUCCAAUGUCAUCAUACUUUAAGAUGAAGACAAUCAGCAACACUAGGCAUGUGUAGAGGAAGAUGCUAGCUGUAUUUCUAUUAAAACUAGCACCACCUUCCUUCUCCGCACAAUGUGCAGUAAACUCUUUAAAAACCUAUGUAAUAAUCCACCUCAAACAAUCAAAGAAAAUAAGCGCAUUAUUUAAAAAUUCUUGCCGUUUGUGGGAUUGACAUCCAUGGGGGAAAUAAAGAUGAGAAGCCUAGAGUAAUGGGUAUACCUAGACAUAUUUUCCUUCAUAAGAUGCAUGGGAGUGAUGCUUAUCUUUCUACUAAAGACACCUUCUUGAAAUAUGUGAAAACAUAUUAAACAAACAAAAAAUAAAGCUGCAUGGAGUCCCACAAAAUGUGUGGAGAGAUAGUGGAAGAAUAAAAUAGUUACAAUGAACUUGAGGGGAGUUGUCACUGCUCGUAGCAUGUAAAUAGUGCAGCUUAUCCUAGAUUUUAUGCUUUAUAUUGAUAUUGACGAAGGACAAACAUUAGUGAAGCUGCUCUUGCGUCCUUAACAAUCUAUUAAAAUCAGUGAUCCAAAUUUGAAAGACUAUUGUAACUGCCAAUCAGUAAAUAAACAUUCUCUUUGUAACUUCUUUUCAAACAAUUCAUUUUCUGAUAUACAAACACUUAGUAUGUGUUUGGGGUGGCGUGUCGCUUCCAAAUCAUGUCCUUAAUGUCACAUCUAGAUACAAAAAA